UAUUAUUUUAUCUUAUCUCAUCAAAAAUCUUCGUUUGUUGUAUUCUUCCGACCAGAUAACAUGCAUUUAGCCUCAAACGAUAUUAGAAAUCUUUAAUAGAUCUACGUUCGGAGGAAUCCCACGUGACACACAGCUUCCAUCCACGACACAAGGUUUGUUUACCUUAGCAACCAUGGCUGAAGUGGAAGAAAUACUUAGUGAAGCAGAGAAAAGACAUAUCGUCAAACUUAUCGCGGAUUUAAGACGCUCCAAUGCGGUUCUACGGGCAGAGACGGACAUGUACGAACGGUACAUCAACCGUAUCGACCCCAGAGACAUGAUCCUUCAGCCGCCGUCUGAGAGCCAGGGUGCCACGCAGCCCGAAGCUGGAACAAGCCGGAGGAAGUCCAAGGCCAAGACCGCAGCUGUAGACUGUAAGCCGCAACUGACCCCGGAGCAAAAAUGUGAUAUAGCGCAUAGAGAGCUGGACGAGACCCGAGAGGACCUGGAGAAACUGAAAGAGAGCACUGAAAGAGUCCUUCACAAUUACAAGGCUACUUUGGAGGAGGCUGACAUCAGGCUGGUGGAAUUGAAGAAGGCCAGUUAUGAGUUUGACCGGGAUGUGGCCAAGGUGCUGAAGGAGAAGAGAGGGGUGAUAGUGGCGGCGGAGAAGAUUGUCAGAUACAUGGAGGAUAGGAUGAGGGCCAAGGACACGCUGAUGGAGAAGCUGCGCCUCAGAAGCGCCGCGCUGCAGGUGCAGAAGAGGAAGCUGCAGCUGCAGCUGCGGCAGAAGGAGGAGAUGGGCGAGGCCCUCCUCGAGGUGGACUUCAAGCAGCUGAAGAUCGAGAACAGCCAGUACCUGGAGCGCAUCGACGAGCGCAACGCAGACCUCCUCCGACUCAAACUGCAGGCAGGGAACACCCUGCAGGUCCUCAACUCCUACAAGAAGAAGCUGCAGAUCAUGACGUGCGAGUCCAUGUUGCUGAGCAGUGACAUCACCUCCAGGAAGGACAUGCUGGUGAAGAUAGAGGAGGAGGCCCUACAGGCCGAGGAGGUGACACACACACACACACACACACACAUUCCUAGAUCCAUGGAAGACUGGUUCCAUAAAGAACACAUCUAUCAUACCUCAGGGGUUGAACAUGUGCCGAUCAGGAAGCUGCAGGAGCGCUUGAAAGCCGAGACUCUGAACAGGAAGUUGCGUGGCCAGCUGGCGGACUACCGGGUUCCUCAUGUGCUGCAGUACAUCACGGCCAAGGACUCCCACAGCCAGCUGGAGCAGAGUGUACGCACCUGGGAGAGGAAGGUGGAGAUCUCUGAGAUGGCUCUGAAGACUCACACCAAGGCCUGGAAUAAAGUUAGGGCCUCCGUUGGGGCGGGGCCAGGACCAGGGCCAAUAACAAGUGCAGUGGCCAGGCUUGGGCCAAUCACAGGACCCGUGGCUGAGCCCAGGCCAACCAGAAGGCCCGGGGGAGGAGCGGUGGUGGGUUGGUGAGCAGUCCUACCUGUGGAUCCACUCUCCGAUACCAUCUCCCAACCUCUCAAGCCUUUUAUAAACCCCUAAGACAUACAUCUGGGUAUGGUGGAGUUGGUGCGCACGCAUGAUUGCAUUGAGACAACGGAUGGAGAUGUAUAUGGAUGGCUAUCCUUGCUUAUUCAACUUAAUGAUCCUGCAAUAAACCCAAAAAGUCCACCAGAUUUCCUUUAUAAAUGAAAAAAGUUUAUUUGUUAGUGCUGUGUGUAUUGAAUGCUACAUACAGACAGAUAUCUUAGCAUGAAUGUACACAAACUGUACGUUGCCACGUAAAAUGGUUCUUUUUUUUCCUUUUCUUCUUUUGACUACAUCAUUCACAUACUACAAUUUGAAAAAGCUAUAAGAGGAUUGCGUGCCGUCUGACGCACAAACACCAGGGACAGAUAACAGAAGCUAACACAGCGGGCAUGCAGGGGAAGGAGACGCCAGGGACCGUGGGAAACGUCAACACGCUAAUCUCCGUACGCCGCCCCGGGUCCUAAAGACCCCUCCAUCACUCUUGAGUCAUCCCCUUUGAAUCUCGAAGGCCCUGUCAUCUCCUUCCAAGAAUAUAGAUAUUCAUAUAGAUUUUAAAGAAUAUUAAUACAAAAUGAAUAUAAACACAAAACUUGAAAACAUAAAAACAUAUACAGUACUUUUUUUUUCUUUUUUUCUCUAUUCCAAAAUUCAAUCCCCAACUGCUCCUGAUGUCGUUUAAUGCCAGAUGAAGGAAAUCAACACAAUGAACAAAUGGAACAGGUGACAGGGAGGCCAGCUCAGGCACAGUGGCAGUGGAUAGAAAUACACUCGGUACAAUACACAUGGUACAGUACCAGGAGCACACUGGACCCAGUACACACGGGACAGUACCAGGAACACACAUGGUCCAAUACCAGGAACACACAUAGUCCAGCACACAUGGUACGAUACCAGCAGCAGGCCAGACAACACAGACUCUGGAGCGGCUGGGGGCUUCAGCGUCCCCCUGACCCCAGUUAAAAGGCCGAGCAGACGUCAGACUGAAUCCCAGUCUUCUAUGAAAACAUACUCCGAGCUACCCUGUCCUCUGGGUGUACAACACUUAUCAAUACUGCACUCAACGGAUCCUCCCUUUGAAAUGCUUCAAUCACUGAAGAACAACACACAACCACGUGAACAGCCCGCCCAUCCCGCCUCCCCCCUCCCUCCCCCCCCCACACGACUGGACCUGCCCAUCUGAGCGAGCUCUACCUCAGAACAGGGUCGACUCAAUCUUAUGGUUGGAAA